AUGCGCCGUCUCGCGACGCCGCGCGUCGCCGUCGCGGGCGUCGGACGGCGCGAGGACGCGCGCGGGAAUCGUCGCGACGUCGCGCGCGCGCGGCGAUCGGAGACGGCGUCGACGACGCGAUCGGAGACGCGAACGACGACGCGCGAUGGGAUCGAAAAGUCGUCGGCGACGACGCGCGCGACGACGACGACGGACGACGGCGGCGCCGGCGGGUGGUUCGGCGGUGGUGGGGGGUGGCUCGGCGGUGGUGGCGGCGGUGGGUUCGGCGGCGACGGCGACGACGCGACGCGCGGGGCGAGACGCGCGGCGUUCGCGCUCGCGGCGGCGACGGCGACGGGCGCGGGAGGCGCGCGGGAGGCGAACGCGACGACGACGACGACGCGAAGGCGCGGAGACGGCGGACGGCGCGCGACGAAGCUCGGGGACAUGGCGACGAGCGCGCUGUACGGAUUCGCGGCGUUUUACGGGAUAAAAAUCGCGCUCAAGAGGUUGUUCGCGCCGUUCGCGCUGUUUUGGGGGACGACGCAGCUCUUGUUCAGGAUGCACGCGGUGAAGAUUUCGCCCGCGAUGCUGCACGAACGGUUGGUUCGACCGUACCUGCCGAUCGAGUAUCAGAAGAGUCUGAACGAUUUCGGCGUCGCGGCGAUGAAGACGAAGGCGGCGAAAAACGCGAUGCGCGACGGGUGGUGGGAUAAGCAGGAGCGACGAUUUUGGACGUGCGCGCACAGAUUAUUGCCCGCGUGCGACUCCGCGAUGGGCGAGCGCGCGUUCGUGUUCGGCGUCAUUCUCGCGGGCUUGGCGUAG